AGCUGAUUUCCUGGACUCAGCAGUGGCAGAGCCAGACGCGCUAGCUCUCAAACAUGCUAGUCUCUCCGUCCCUCCGUGCUUUCCCGCUCCUCUAACUUCCCCACAGCGCUGCAAACCCGCGCUGGCUGCCCGCCGCGGAGCGUUUCUCCUCCGGUAGUCGCUCGGCGUGACCCGGAAGCUACUUCAGCGGAGGAGAAGAAGCUGAGGAUCCCCAACGCCAAACAUGGCCGGCGGCAUCACGGACAGAGGAGAGCCGUACUCUCCGUUUGUGGGGCUGGUGUACAUGUUCAACCUGAUCGUGGGCACCGGCGCUCUGACGAUGCCCAAAGCCUUCGCCACGGCUGGCUGGGCGGUCAGUUUGGCGCUCAUCUGCUUCCUGGCCUUCAUGAGUUACAUGACCACCACGUUUGUGAUCGAGGCGAUGGCGGCGGCGAACGCUCAGCUACGCUGGAAGAGGAGGGAGCAGGAAGAGACCGACUACAAUGACUCCACCUCUGAGGACUCUGACGACGGCCUGGACCUGAGUCGGUCAGAACCAGAAACCAAGCCCAUUCUGUCUGUCCAGAGGUCCGGUCACGCCGAUCAUUUCGACAUCGUGGAGCGGGUCGAGAUGGGCCAAAUGGCGUCCAUGUUCUUCAACAAAGUUGGCGUCAACAUGUUCUACAUCUGCAUCAUCGUGUACCUGUACGGGGAUCUGGCCAUCUACGCCGCCGCCGUGCCCAUCUCCCUGAUGGAGGUUGCCUGCGGAAACCGCUCCUGCAGCGCUGGAGGCGUGAAGUUCAACGACACGGACGCCUGCUGGGGCCCGGUGACCAGAGCAGACGCAUACCGAGUGUUUCUGAGCGUCUUCACUCUCUUGUUGGGACCUUUCACCUUCUUCAACGCCCAGAAGACCAAAUACCUGCAGAUCCUCACCUCACUCAUGCGUUGGAUCGCGUUCACCAUGAUGAUCGUCCUGGCUCUGAUCCGGAUCGGGAAAGGAACGGGCGAGGGUCGCCCGCCGUUGGCCAACCUGCGCGGCGUGCCCAACCUGUUUGGGGUGUGCGUGUACUCCUUCAUGUGCCAGCACUCCCUGCCCUCGGUGGUGACGCCGAUCUCCGAGAAGAAGCGCGUCGGUGCUUUGGUGCUGGCCGACUACAGUCUGAUCCUGGGCUUCUACGUGCUGCUGUCCUUCACCGCCAUCUUCUGCUUCGACAGCUCGCUGCUGCACGACAUGUACACGCUCAACUUCACGGACAACUGCGACGUGCUGGACAUCCCGGUGCUGCGCUACUUCCUCGGCCUCUUCCCCGUCUUCACCAUCAGCACCAACUUCCCCAUCAUUGCCGUGACGCUGCGCAACAACUGGAAGACCCUGUUCCACCGGGAUGGAGGCACCUACCCAUGGGUGGUGGACCGGGUGGUGUUUCCACUCAUAACUCUGGUGCCCCCAAUCGUGGUGGCCUUCUGCACACACAACCUGGAGUCCCUGGUGGGCAUCACAGGCUCCUACGCCGGCACGGGGAUCCAGUACGUCAUCCCGGCCUUCCUGGUGUUUACUGCCAGGCGCCAUCUGGAGCCCGUGAUGGGCAGAGAGUGCGUCAACAAGCACCAGUCGCCCUUUCACCACGCCUUCUGGGUGUGGUUUGUCCUGCUGUGGGCUGCCUUCUGCCUCAUGUUUGUCACGGCCAACAUCAUCCUGACGGACACCAUGAAAUGAGCCGUUUUUUCUGCUGUCCCGGCAGGCCUUACUGGAUGGAGCGUGUGCCUUACUGUGGUCCCGCGGUUGCAGAAAUGACGUAUAAUUAAAGAUUGAUUGAUGACACUUUUUGAACAGGACCAAAUUUUUACGUCUUUAGCUUUAGCGGCGCGUGAGCGCCCUGAAAGGGAACUCAUUCUAGAUCGGCACAAAGACCUUCCUUCACCUUUUUGGAAAAAUGUUUACGAGAUACCCCAACAGAAUCCAGACGACAGUGGAAGAGAAGUGCGGCGCCUUCUACCUCGAAUCUUUACUGUCAGUGUUGAUGAGAGAGCGAAGCUGUGGAGAUGCUGAGGCAGAGAAAUCAGGCAGCAGGAAAAGAGGAAGUGUCUGUCAAAGUGCGACCGGUGUUCUGUUGUAAUGAGAUUGGAGCAGAAACCGACGCUGAAGAAAAACGAGUCUUUUGUAGCUGACGUCUGUCCUGUGAAGCUGAGACGGACCUGCUGACGGAUAAACGGGCACAAACGGUGGUUCACACAGGCCGUGUCCUCCCCUUGGCGGUGGCGUCGGCCCGGUUCCUCGUCGAUCAGCGGUUGACUGAUCCUCUGACCUCAUGCAAUCGUCUCCAAUGGACAUCCCAGAAACCUCUGAUGUUUUCAGUCCAGUCUAUUCAAAGAGAACACGGCACAUUUGAGUGGUUUGCACUUUAUUCCAGCCUCCAUUCUUUCAUAUCAACCCAAGCAUUACCUGCAGGGGAAACUGCAGUUUAGUGUUGCACACGUCCAGCCCAAAGGACUAUUCUGACUUCAUGGUUUCUUUAUAGCUGUGUGUGAGUCUGUAGAAAAUAAAACUGAUGGUUUAAAAAAUCACACACAAAUGUGGAUCAAUUAAGAUUUAAGAGUUUGGAGAUUAGCAUAAAACCAAAGGGCCUCCAGACUUGAUCCCUGAGGAACUCCUAACGUAACAUUAGCAUCAUAUCUCAGUAUUAUUACAAACACAACCUAGUAUUAGUGUAAAACCAUGUUGCCCUUAUUGGAAAUCUGUCAAAUCUUUCUGUGAAUCUUUUAAGGAUUGACUCAGAAUGAGGAGCCGCAGUGGUGACCAUGUCGUUCGGUAGCAUGACUGAUGCAGCCGUUUCCUGCUCUCUGUAAUGUAGCUGGAAUUUAAGGGAAUGCUCCGCCUCUCCAGUCCUUUUUAGCCCCGCCCCUCUAACGUUCUGGUGGUCCUGACUUUUCUGUCCCGUCAUUUUCCAUCUGUGUCUCUACGUUUCCCUGCGGUGGUCCAGAGCGUCUCGUGGGGGCAUCAGACAUGAGGGAGCUGAUGUUCAGCGGUCGCUCCGGAGACGAGGAUCGAACCUCGUCGUGUGUUUUCCUCCAUUUGUUCUCGUCGGGUUCGGGUGACUGACCUUUUGUGUUGUGCCAGAAACGCCACCGGUGUUUUUCUUUUCCCGCUCCAGCCUUUCCUUCAUUCUUCAUAAUUUGAAAUUAUGAUUCACCUUUUCUAAAAAUGUUUACAGUUUUCAUUUUGUUUCUGUUCAUUUUUUAUGGUUUAAAAUAAUUAAAGACUUUAUCUGAAUG